CUCGCGCUGCAGAGUCUGCGCAGUUGUGUUCUUCUCGUCACUCCGAACUUUCGGGAGAACCACGGAGGAAGAAGAGGAGGGAGAGAACAACGCCAUUUUUACUGAAGAGAAGUGGCUGAGGCAUAGCUGUAGCCAUGUCAGCCCAGUGGCGUGAAGAGGACGACCUUCGGCAGGGAGGAGGCAGAGGAGUGCCACUGAAAUCCAAACCCAGGUUCUCCUUCCACGAGGUCAGAGUUCUCCUGGAUGCGGUGAAGAGGAACAGAUACAUCCUUCUUAGGAAGUUUAACCGAGGAGUGUCAGUCGACACCAAGAAACAGACAUGGAUUGAGAUCACCAAUCAGAUCAACGAUCUUGGAGAGAAUCACAGAGAGGUACGUCAGAUCAUGAAGAAAUGGGCUGACCUUAAAUGUGACGGAAAGCGACGUCUUCUAGCCCUCCGAAACCCCCACCUUAGAAAGAAGAACAUGGGCCCUGUGGAGAAGAUGGUCCACAAGAUACUGAUGAUGAGUCCUAGAGGAAAUGGCGACAGUGAUUUCGACUUGUGUGAAGAUGAGGAUUUACCAAAGACCUUCAGUAAUACCCCACCUCCAAACCAUUCCUCUUACUCCUACCUCAGCAUAACAGACACUUCCCAGCCUGUACCUGACAGAUUCUCCUAUGACAUGUCUCCUCUGUCCUCACCAGAAGAUGAUGCUGGCGGUGAUCAGUUCCAGUCCUCCCCUGAGUUUGACUUUGACCUGGCAGAAGAUGGAGCAGAUCAAGCCGUGGACUUUGAUGACAAUGAAGACUCCAUGCUCUCCUCCUAUCCUUCCUCACUCCCUCCACCCUCCUCCUCUUCACUGGAUCAAGACCCACUGUCUGACACUCAACUGAGAAUCAAACCAGUCCACACCUACUCCCGAAACAGCACCCAAAACAACAACAACAACCACGUUCAGAACCACACCUCCUCCAAAGCAACACCUGGACACUCCUCUCCCUCGUCAGUGGCCUCCACCUCCUCUGCUCCCCCGUUAGUGUCUGAUUCCGUUGGAGCUUCCUCCUCUGCUGCACCUCCUCCUCCUCUUCCACAGCCUCCUACGAGCUCAAGCAUGACUUCCUCCUCUUCAUUUGUCUCCCCUCUUCCUCCUCCCCCCUCCUCCACAUUUGUUACACCUAACGGCUCUACCUAUCAGUCCACACCCUCCUCCUCCUCCACUGCUGUAUCUUCCUCCUCUUCUGCUUCAACCACAACUCCCACUCCCUCCUAUUCUAACUCUCAACAGCCGUCUAAACAGGCCCUCACCCCCAGCUCAUGUGACCCCCUCCCGGCCGGAGCGUCCACCCGUCGAGCCCAGGACCACGUAGCUCAAAUGGCGUCUCAGAGCCUCCAGCAGCAGCGGGCCAGCAGGAUGCUCCUGGCGUCGGUGUCUCAGUCUCUGGAGGUGCUAGCUCAGUCCGUGCAGCUGCUGGUGGAGAGCCAGCAGGAGUUUGUCCAGGAGUCUCUGCUGCUGCAGAGGGAAACCGUAGAAGUCCUCAGGGAUUUCUCCAACACAGCACUCACGAUGCUUAGAGACAAAACCAACAGCGGACAAAUGCCCCGACAUCAUCUUCAUCAUCCUGCUUCACAGGACAAGCAUUGGUUUUAAAGAUAAAGACGACAUAAGCCAAGUUCAGAUGACUUCUAGUCAGAGUCGCCAUUUAUCUAUUUAUCUUGACGCCGAUAUAAAAGGAAAGUAGGGACGUUUGCUCAGAGGCUCUCGGACACAUGCAGUCUUAGUCUCUGAUAUCAGGGGAUGUUUAUUUCAAGUCCUUUUUUUUUUUUUUUUUUUUUUUCUUUUGGUAGGCUUUUUUGUUUAAUGGAUUUUAAGGGUGCUUUCACAUUAGGCACGAUGGCUACCCCUCCCCGCUCCUUUAUUGGCUUACUUUUAGAUUAGGACUCAUUCUGUGCCCACACCCACUUGUGUGCAUACACUACAGAUUAAAUGUUUACCUGUUUUAAUGGUAACCAGGAUAAAAUUCCCAUGGUUGUCAUACGGUUCAUAUUUUUAUUUUCUUUAAAAUGUAUGCGAUAACCAGCAUGCAUUUUUGUUUUUUUCAUCAGAAUAAUAUAGAGGUGGAUGGUAAACCGGUGAUUACCAGUUUAAAUGCA